AGCGACUCCAGCCAACCCGGAACUUUUAACUGAACUAAUCCCUCCUGAAAACUUGCUGUAAGGAGUUUUCUCCUGACUUUCUCAACCGUUCAGAUGCUGCUCUAAGAAGAGCCACUUGUGUGGACUGACCUGGUUCCUCCUGAAGGACGUAAAAACUGACAGUUGCAGAUGUUUCUCGCUCCGAGUGCGGCGGUUCCUGCAGGACAGUAGCCCUCGACUUGUCUUUUCAUACCAGCUACAGUGUGGGGGAGUCCAGAGGGGCCAACAUGCCUCAGCAGAAGGACAUAGUGAAGAUCGCCAUCCAGAUGCCGGGGGCCUACCCCCAGCUCAUACAACUGGAUCAGAAAAAGCCUCUGUCUGCUGUGAUAAAGGAGGUCUGUGAUGGGUGGAAUCUCCCAGGUCCUGAGAACUACGCCCUGCAGUACACGGAUGGGGUGCAGAUGUACAUCACUGAAUCGAAUCGUCUAGACAUCAAGAACGGCUGCAUUCUGCGUCUGACCAAGGCACCGGGUCGCUGUGCAGAGGACCUGUACAAAGGCAUCCAGAGCUCGGACGCAGGCGUGCGCUGCGACUCGCUGAAGGAGCUGGCGGGCGUCUCCACGGACAUGACGUUCGCUCAGGAGUUCAUCAGCCGCAACGGACACCUCCUGUUGGUCAAAAUAGUGGAGGACUCUACUGAGAGUAAUGUGAUCAUGACCCACACGCUGAAGGGCUUCAUGGAACUGAUGUAUCAUGGGAUAGUUUCAUGGGAGAACCUCUCUACUGUCUUCAUCAAGAAGAUUGCCGGCUUUGUCAACGCCAAGCCGACCGACGCGUCGAUCCAGCAGGUGUCCCUGGACAUCCUGGAGAACAUGGUGCUGAGCAGCCAAAGCCUCUUCCUGCAGGUUAAACAGGAGGUGACCCUGGAGAGGCUCAUCGCUCACCUCCAGGUGACCAAUCAGCAGAUCCAGACCAAAGCCAUGGCUCUGCUCAUGGCGCUGCUGCAAACAGCUGGAGACUCAGAUAAACAGGAGAUGUUUGCGUUCCUGAAUAAGAAGAAUCUCCGUCAGUACAUUUAUAAGAACAUCAUCCACAGUUCUGGUUCAGUCCAAGACGAGAUGGCCCACCACCUGUAUGUCCUGCAGUCGGUGACCUUGAACCUCCAGGAGCUGCGCAUGAGGACGCCUCUGGACUGUUACAGCCAGGAACAGAGAGACACCCUCCACAGUUUGCGGCAGGCAGCGUUCGAGACAGAGAGCGAGAACAGCCUGAGCCACGAGAGGCGACGCUCUCUCUGCGCCAAAGAGUUCAAGAAGCUGGGUUUUUCUAACAACAGUAACCCCGGCCAGGACUUGGUACGGACGCCUCCGGGUCUGUUAGCUUUGGACAGCAUGUUUUAUUUCGCCACGCGUUAUCCUGACGCCUACAGCAGGUUCGUCCUGGAGAACAGCAGCAGAGAGGACAAACACGAGUGUCCGUUUGCCAGGAGCAGCAUCCAGCUGACGCUCAUCCUGUGUGAAAUCCUUCGUAUCGGAGAACCGCCCUCAGAGACGGGAUCCGACUACCACCCCAUCUUCUUCAGUCAGGAUCGGCUCAUGGACGAGCUUUUCUGUAUCUGCAUUCAGCUGCUCAACAAGACCUGGAAGGAGAUGAGAGCCACACAGGAGGACUUUGACAAGGUGAUGCAGGUGGUGAGGGAGCAGAUCACCAGGACGCUGUCCAGUAAGCCCACCUCCUUGGAGCUCUUCAAGAACAAAGUGAACGCUCUCAACUACAGCGAGAUCCUCAAACUGCGGCAGACAGAGCGGCUGCACCAGGAGGAGACUCUGGCGCCGCCUGUGCUUGAGCUCAAAGAGCGGCUGAAGCCGGAGCUGCUGGAGCUGAUCCGCCAGCAGAGACUCAACAGGCUGUGUCAGGGAACCAUGUUCAGAAAGAUCAGCAGCCGACGCCGGCAGGAUAAACUGUGGUACUGCCGCUUGUCUCCCAAUCACAAAAUGCUUCACUACGGCGACGUGGAGGAAGAUAUGGACAAUCCACCAAUAGAAACACUGCAAGAGAAGAUUCCAGUAGCAGAUAUCAAAGGCUUGCUGACGGGAAAAGAUUGUCCUCACAUGAAGGAGAACAAAGGCAAACAGAACAAGGAGGUGCUGGAUCUGGCGUUUAGCAUCACGUAUGACGUGGAGGAGUACAGCCUGAACUUCGUCGCCCCCUCUAGAACUGACUUCUGCCUGUGGACAGAUGGACUGAGCGUCCUCCUGGGCCGGGAGAUGAGCAGUGAGACCAUGCGCAGCGAGCUGGAGAUCCUCCUGUCGAUGGAGAUUAAGCUCCGCCUCUUGGACCUGGAGAACGUUCCCAUCCCAGAAAGCGCCCCGGUCGUACCCAAACCUCCCAGCAACUACAACUUCUGCUACGACUUCAGCCAGACGGAGCAGUAGAGCACAAGGAAGCGUGAAUGUGUAAAUACAUGUGUGUGUGUGUCUGGAGUAUGAGGUGUGUGUGUGUGUGUGUGGUGAAAUCUGAACUGUGCGUCCAUGCACUUAUGUUGUGUAACAGAUCUAUAACUCUGACAUUAGAUGUUCCUUCUGUGGUCGGGAUGUCUACAUCCAAGUGAAACAGGAGGAAACGUGGACACUGACUUCAACUACAUUAGCGGCUGUGGGCUGUUAUCUGUACUAAUGCUGCAGGUUGUCACUGUUCAUGUUCAGCUCUCUCUCCUGCACUGGUCCUCAGCUGUCUGGGAGCUUCCACCCAGCUCCAAAAAAAAUAAAAAAAUCACAAAAAAAAUCAGGUACUUACCUUAUACAAUAGAACCACUCAAGUAUUGGUACUCUAAAUUUGUUUUGUAAUCAUUUUAUACUUUUAAAUAUAUCUAAAACCACACAAGGAUUCUUCCUGUGUGCAGAGCUGGUUGCGAGUAUAGAUGCUUUAAAGUCUUGUGUUUUCUUCUUUGUGGCGUUUCUUUCAUAACGGGCAUUACCUAGAACACUGCUUCUCCACAAUGUGGUACAAUUCAACGCAUGAAAGAAGUGCAGUGUAGUUUCAGUGUUGGACAGUAGUUCUGCUUUCUACACCUAACAGGCACUUGUCUCUGUACGAAUCCCAGCGACAUGCAGAUCUGCAUCAGGUACCAAUCUGACCUUGUGGUUUAAUAAGCAUCAGUAUCGUUACCACAAUCAGCAGUUUGAUGAUUUGAUAAUGUGAAAAACUUUAAAAAGCCACAAUCACGCCUGUUAAUCGACACGAUGCUGUGCGCAGCUUAUUGCCUGAACUGUCUCGGAUCGAAUCCCGUUUUAAACUGAUGUGUUUUAUCGACGGUACUAAUUCUGUUGCGAUGGAGGCGACAGUCCCGGUGUGCUGCUCUCACCAAGCAUUCAGCGGUGAAGCUACCUAACUGACAUGCACACGGUACAGAACGGUGUGUUUGAGUGUUUUCUGCCUCGGAUUGUUUCAACACGGUCACGAUUGUCCUGAUGCACAACCCUCUGAUGACAUUCACAUCGAAUCAUGUGCUUUGAGUGACUUUGCAUGAAUAAACAGAUUUAUAUUGCAAAACAAAA